AUGGUUCAAUUUUUCAUCGACGAUCUUGAAGUAUUCUUCCCCUAUGACCACGUCUACCCUGAACAGUAUGCGUAUAUGCGACAAUUGAAGGCAACCUUAGAUGCACACGGUCAUGGAGUGUUGGAGAUGCCGACUGGAACGGGGAAGACAGUGGCGUUAAUGUCCCUAAUAUCUAGUUAUCAAUUAGAGCACCCAGAAGUGGAGAAGUUCUUUUUCUGUACACGUACAGUUGCAGAAAUGGAGAAAGCAUUGAUAGAGCUUCGAGGAGUCCUCCGGUACCGGUUAAAUGACUUGUUACAGAGAGAAGACAGACGAGCGGAGCGGGCGAAUGUUUUGGCUUGCGCCUUGUCGGCCAGGCGAAAUUUAUGUGUUCACCCGAUUAUUUCGCGAGAAGGUGAUCGUGACAAAAUCGAUGAGUCGUGCCGGCAGCUAACUGCGCCCUGGGUACGAAAUUCUCACGGCGAGAACGCUGGAGAUCUGGAAGAAAUGUUUCAAAAUGUCAAUGACUGCCGGCUGUGUCCCUGGUAUGAGGCGUUAGACAGUGAGUGGAAUGUUGAGUCGAUGCCGGUGGAUGUAUAUACAAUCGAGGACUUGAAGAACUUCGGGUCCACAGGAAAGAAUCCGAUAUUGGAUGAAGAAACAACGAAUCUGAGAAGGCUCCGUGCAAAGUACGACGUCAUAAGAAUGGAUGAUGAGGAGGAGAGUCCCGGUCGAGUGAAUACAAGAUUCUGCAGCUACUUUGCGUCGAGAAGGAUGGCUCAGGCAGCCUCGGUGUUAAUUUUGAACUAUCAGUAUGUGCUCGACCCACGAGUGUCUCAAGUGGCGUUUGGAUCGAGCGGUCUGAUGUCUGGGAAGGGGCAGGUUUUGGCAAAUCGCUUCGCUAAGAAGGACGCAGGGGAAACCUCUAGGGCUGCGGAUCCCUGGGUUAUUGUUUUCGAUGAGGCACAUAAUAUCGACAACGUGUGCAUAGAAGCUUUAUCCAUCAACUUAAGUGUGCUAGAUGUAGAGAAGGCCAGAGUCAAUGUCAGAAGGCUUCAGAAGCUAAUAGCGGAAAAGAAAGUGCAUGACCAGCAGUCGCUCCGCACGGAGUUGGAGCAGAUGAUUAGAGGGACUGACUCGGGAUCGCAGAUUACGGGAUCACAGGUCACAGGCAAUGGUGGGCGAGCAACAGAUUUGACCCAGUCGGUGGUCAGAAACAACGAGUACGAAUCGAUGUUGCAAGAGCAUAUGGCCAGUCCUUUGUUGCCGAAUGAGCAGCAGAUGCUGGUAAAUGCGUUGGUGCCGGGUAAUAUACGUAAGGCGGAAUUAUUUCUGAUGAACAUGCAUGUGAUAAUAGUCUAUUUGGACGACUAUAUUCGGCAAUUUAAGGUGGUUACGGAAGGUCCGUUGAGUUUUUUGAAGAAGUUGGAGGAGAAGACAACGAUUAGUAGUGAUACGUUACAGCACUUUUAUGAGCGGUUGAAGAAUUUAUUUAUUAGCUUGCAGGUCACUGAUAUCCGUGAGUAUAUGCCUUUGACUAAGAUAGCUGAUUUUUGUACACUCGUGUCUACUUAUUGGAAAGGAUUUGUACUAAUUACGGAUCCUUAUCCGGAGGCUCCUGGAAUAUAUGACCCGAUUACUCAGUUAUGUUGUGUGGAUAGUUCGUUGGCAAUGAAGCCGGUGUUGGAGAAAUUUCAGUCAGUGGUAUUAACGUCGGGUACGAUAUCACCAUUAUAUUUGUAUCCUCGAUUAUUAGGUUUUCAGCCGGUGGUAACUCAGUCAUUUCCUAUGUCGUUGGAUCGGAAGUGUAUUUGUCCGAUGGUUGUGGGUAAAGGACCAGAUCAAAUUCCUUUAUCGAGUGCAUAUGAAUUACGUGAGGAUGCCGCAGUGGUUCGCAACUAUGGUCGGUUAUUAACGGAAUUUGCAAGGACGGUGCCUGAUGGUAUUGUAUGUUUCUUCACGUCUUACCAAUAUAUGGAGUUGAUCAUUUCUAAGUGGUAUAAGACAGGGGUGAUUAAUGAGUUGAUGAGAUAUAAGCUAUUACUAAUGGAGACCAAGGAUAUUGUGACAACCACACUUGCGCUUGAUUCAUAUAGGAAGUGUUGUGAUAACGGUCGAGGAGCUAUUUUCUUUUCAGUGGCAAGAGGUAAGGUAGCGGAAGGAAUUGAUUUUGAUCGUCAUUAUGGUCGAUGUGUGAUGCUCUUCGGGGUACCCUUCCAGUACACCUUAAGCAAGGUGCUUAAAGCACGACUUGAGUUCAUGAAGGAAACCUAUAAGGUACCAGAAUCCGAAUUCUUAUCAUUUGACGCCAUGAGACAAGCGGCCCAAUGUAUAGGACGCGUCAUCAGAUCCAAGACCGAUUAUGGACUCAUGGUCCUUGCAGACUACCGAUAUGGACGCGCCGAUAAACGGAAGAAAUUGCCAGAGUGGGUGCUAGAAUGUCUGGACCCUCACCACACAGCCCUUAGCGUCGAUGUCGCUGUCCAGGUAGCCCGCGACUUUUUGAUCGAAAUGUCGCAGCCUUACCAAAUCUCCAUGCGGUCACGACUCGAUUUUGACGCCCUACAGAAACUACACAAGCUGACCACCCGAAUCAAGCAGAAACAGGACGUCAAGAAUGAAACAGAACAAGAGGCCGUUGUCAAGGACCAACCACAGGACAUCAAACCAGCCACCACCAAGCUCUAG